AUGCUGCAACGGUUGCCUCUGUGCCUAAGGAGUCAGUUCUGGCGUUGGACCGGAGCUCUGGGUUGGUCUCUGGAUUUCAUCCUCCUGUGCUGGGCGCUGUUUCUCCGCAAGAUUGGGAUUAUCGACCAGGGCCAGGAUCCAGAUCUAGAAAGCCUGACGUACGACUCCGCAACUUAUGCUGAUCUUGUGGCAAGUCAGCUACAAGAAGAACGAUAUGUAUCGGAGUCCAACAGAGCCAUCGAAACUGUCCUCGAAGGCCUGGGCAGACAGCUGGAAUCCCUGCGAUUGCGUGCGGAAGAGAUCAUCCGCCCCACAGAGGAGAAGAUGCCCAACUACGACGAUGUUUUGAUCUCCAAGAAAAUUGGAGAGCUGCAAAUUGCUCUUGAGGACCAGCAGCAGGUGCUGGGCCGUGAAAGUGCGAAUGUGCUGAUGAAGCUACAACAAAAACCUGGGAUUUUGCGGCAACUGGCCGAUGAGAUUUCGCCGGUGAUGCCGGAGAGGCCCAACAAUGGCCUCUUGCCGGAGGAGUUGCCUCGAUUCCUGGAGCAAUCUGCCGUGCCGGUCCUGGCCUUCCUGGGGGUCUCCUUUUUGGUGGCGCUGCUCUCGCGGCAGUUCCUGCGGGUGGUCACCGUUUGGCGGAAGAACGUGGAGGAACGGAAGGCCGAGAAGGUCAGGAAGAUCCAGAAAGCUCGCUUCAAUCAGUUCACCAGCAACUUACAGAAGUCUCUGGAGGAUUUGGCCAAGGGCCGUUUAGCCAAGGCGGCCAAGGGCUUCGAUGAGCUGGCCGUCUUUGCAGACCGAUGGGCUUCAGAGCCCACCUGGGAGGAGCUGCUCCGGGCAGAGAUUGCGGCCUUCUGGGAGCGAUGGGGACCGCAGGCCUUCCGCUUAGAGGCCAAUAUCCAGGAUUGGACCGGUGCGCCGCGUUCGGGUGCGCCGGAGCAAGCCAAAUGGGUGGCUGAUAGGUGGUUUUCCUCAGCCAAAUCCGUGAUCAAAGACUUUGCUUUGGAUGCGGUCAAGGCUUGGGGUGAGGAAGCCAGCAAGGCAGCGGCUGCGGCGCGCGCAGCACAACGCAGCUCCGCAGCGGAGCGAGCGGAGGUGCCACAGAAACAAGGGAAACAAGGGAAACAAGGAGAAGGGCAGGCUCAGGCGACGGCCCCAAAGGACAAGGGCCUGGUGAUCCGAAUCUUUGGACGAUGGCCGGCACCAGAGGAUUGGGUGAACAUCGCCAAUCUACCACUGGCUGGCGACUGGCGCGAGCAAGCUUUGCGGCUGCUCCUGCCAUCGGCCAAGGAUGUACAGGAUGUCCCAUUGCUUGGUCCCUUGUCCGAGCAAGCUCUGACAGCUGUGGUUUCGGGGCAGGUGGGCCGGGCCGUGAAGACUUCCACCUGGGGAACGCUCACGACUGAUCUAUGGCGAGGUUCCAGCAUCUCUUCUCAGAGGCCUUUUGAGAUUGGCUACGAGGUGGUGGAGGUGGACUCCAGCGACAAAGAGGAGAUGUGUUCCCUGGCGCGUGCCAUGCCCAAGAGUGGCACGCCAGGACGUGUCUUGCGAGUGAAUCCGGACUUGGAAUCAUUGAUUGAAUCUCUGGAACCUGAACCAGGUGAGAUUGAUGCGGGAUAG